ACUUGGGUCGCGUUUCUGGUCCCCCUGUGAGCGAUCCCAGCCCUAGAAAGGGAUGAGGUGGCUGCAGAGCAGCCCCGUGGUGGCCACCCCGUACCUACCUGUGCCUCUCGUUCCGCAGCCAUGGAUGGGACACGUGUGGGGCGGGAUGCCAUGAACAACUGCACCAACCAGGAGUACUGGGACACCCUCGUUUCCCAGUGCAUCCCCUGCAGCCUCGUGUGUGGCCGGCCCACAGCCAGGAGGUGUGAUGCCGUGUGCGAGUCCAUGGACUGCAACAAGACCCCUGGAUUCUACUACGAUGACCUCGUGAGAAGCUGCAUCGAGUGCAGCACCAUCUGUGGGCAGCACCCCAAGGAAUGUGCCCCGUCCUGCGAACCCUCUCCUCCGUCGCCCGAGGCCGUGCUGGAGCAGAAGGCGUGUGCGGAGCAGGAGCCGUGGCUCGUGGUGUAUCUGCUGCUGGGGCUCUGCCUCUGCGCCCUCAUCUGCUCCCUGCUCCUGGGCUGGACACACCUACGCAGGAAGGGAGAGGUGGGCUCCUGCCAAGCCGGCGCUGGGACCUGCCACUGCAGGGAGGACUCUGCCAAAGAUCGGCUGGUGGAAGCGGGCAGCGUCGGUGAGGGAUUCACUGGCAGCAGAGCCCCAGAGCCAGUGGAAACCUGUGGCUUCUGCUUCCCUGGACACGGCUCUGCUGUACAAGAGACCAAAUCAUGCCACAGCACCUUGUGUCACGCUGGGGAAAGAGCUGCUCCCUCCUACACCGGGAUCUGCAGCACGGGAAGCGCUGGGGCCACUCCCAGCCCUGACGAUGGCCACUUCAAGUUUUUUUGUUCUCCUUCCCAAGAGAAGACACCCAUGGUGUGACCACAGUGGCUGUUCCUGCACAGGAUCAGAAUGGAGGGAUGCUCCCUCUGCCCCCAAAUCACAGUUGCUUCACCCUCUUCUGCCAGUGACUGGAACAGCUUCUACCCGGACUGGCUG